AUGACAGACAGUGACGAAUUGAACAUCAACGACUUAAUUUCUAGACUCUUGGAAGUGCGCGGUACGAAGGGCAAGAACGUUGAGAUGUCCGAAAGUGAAAUUAGAGGCCUGUGCUUCAAGUCCAGGGAGAUCUUCCUAUCGCAACCCAUGCUAUUGGAGCUCGAUGCGCCGUUGAAAAUAUGUGGGGAUAUUCAUGGUCAAUACUAUGACUUAUUGCGUUUAUUUGAGUAUGGCGGUUUUCCACCUGAUUCCAACUACUUAUUCUUGGGUGAUUAUGUCGACCGUGGCAAACAUUCUCUGGAGACGAUAUGUCUGUUGUUGGCAUAUAAAAUAAAAUACCCCGAAAAUUUCUUCCUUUUACGUGGCAAUCACGAAUGCGCCAGUUUAAACAAAAUAUAUGGGUUUUAUGAUGAUUGUAAACAGCGGUAUAAUAUAAAGCUCUGGAAAAUAUUUACUGACUGUUUUAAUUGUUUGCCUGUGGCAGCAAUUGUUGACGAAAAGAUUUUUUGUUGUCAUGGAGGUCUUGGCCCUGAUUUACAAUCAAUGGAACAAAUUAGGCGGAUUGUGAGGCCAACCGAUAUUCCUGAUCAAGGACUUCUAUGUGACUUGCUUUGGUCUGAUCCUGACAAAAAUACAAAGGAUUGGGGAGAAAAUGACAGGGGUGUAUCAUGUACAUUUGGUGCCGAGGUUGUAACAAAAUUUUUGCAUAAACAUAAUUUUGAUCUCAUAUGUAGGGCUCACCAGGUUGUAGAGGAUGGUUAUGAGUUCUUUGCAAAGCGCCAGUUGGUCACUGUAUUUUCAGCACCAAAUUAUUGUGGAGAGUUUGAUAAUGCUGGAGCAAUGAUAUCUGUCGACGAAAAUCUAUUGUGCUCAUUCCAGAUUUUUAAGCCGGCCGACAAAAAAAAAAAACUAAAAAAAGGAGGAUUGUCAUCAGGAGGAUCGUCAUCAGGCAGACCAGGUACUCCACCCAGAGGAUCUGGUAAACAAAUAAAAAAGAAUAAAUAA